CGUCCCCCCUUCCUCCGGCCACCAGAGCGACCACGGCGUAGCCCACCCCAUCCAUCCAUCACCCCCCCUUCCUCUGGGGAUGGAGCAGUUUGUCAGGAAGCGUUUGACUUUCCUGACAUCCUUCUGGAACAAACUCCGUCCCCGCUCCGUGCCGGAGAGCUGCUCGCUGGGGUAUCUUGGUUCUGAUUCCGUUUCGCUGCACUCGGAGCCGAACUCCCUUUCCUUCAUCCCCAAGUCCUCUCUCUUUAUCGCUUUGUACGCUUUCACAGCCCGGAGCGAGGAGGAACUGAGCGUAAGAGCAGGGGACAAACUCCGGGUCCUCAGAGAAGAAGGAGAAUAUGUCUUAGCCCGGCGGCUACUGGGGGAGCCGGCCAUGGGCUACGUUCCUGCAGCCUACGUGGCCAACCUCAGCCAGGGCACCUCUUCCCACCGCCCCUGGUAUUUCAGUAAGAUCAGCAGAAAUGAAGCUGAGCAGCUUCUCCUCUCACCUCCCAACCAGCACGGCUCCUUCCUCGUCCGUGACAGCGAGAGCAGCAAGGGCGAGUACUCUCUCUCAGUGCGCAACCACACCAGGGUCAGCCACUUCCGAAUCUGCAAGAGCCCCAGGGGCAGCUUCUACAUCCAGAAGGGACAUCCCUUCCCUGACAUGGAGGAGCUCCUCACCUUCUACACCAAGCAUUGGAAGGUCAUCCAGAGCCCCUUGCUGCAGCCCUGCAGCCCCGCGACCCCCCCUCAGAGGGAUGGCUGGGAGCGCCCACGCUGGGAAUUCUCCCUGAGGAGGAAGCUGGGUGAGGGAUAUUUUGGAGAGGUGUGGGAAGGACUGUGGAGGAACACGGUGCCCGUGGCCAUCAAGAUCAUAAAAGCUGACAUGAAGGCAGAAGAUUUCACCAAAGAGAUUCAGAACCUGAAGCGUCUGAGGCACGAGAAGCUGAUCCAGCUGCACGCUGUCUGCUCCCUGGAUGAGCCUGUGUUCAUCAUCACUGAGCUCAUGAGGAAAGGCAACCUCCACAGCUACCUCAACAGUCCUGAAGGGAAGUCCCUGGGCACCUCCCACCUACUCAACAUUGCCUGCCAAGUGGCAGAUGGGAUGAGGUACCUGGAGGAGAAGCACAUUGUCCACCGGGACCUGGCAGCCAGAAACAUCCUGGUGGGAGAGGAACUCACCUGCAAAAUUGCUGAUUUUGGACUUGCCCGUCUCCUCAAGGAUGACAUCUAUUCCACCAGCAGCAGCACCAAAAUCCCAGUCAAGUGGACAGCCCCAGAGGCAGCCAACUACCGUACCUAUUCCCUCAAGUCUGAUGUCUGGUCUUAUGGGAUUCUGCUCUAUGAAGUCUUCACCUAUGGACAGAUCCCAUAUGAAGGGAUGACAAACCAAGGAAACCGUUACGGACAAAUCACCCGGGGCUACCGCCUUCCCCGGCCCAGCUCCUGCCCUCCUGAGAUCUACAGCAUCAUGCUGGAAUGCUGGAACAGCAACACAGAGGAGCGUCCCACCUUCCUGGCCUUGAGGGAGAAGCUGGGCUUCAUCUACAGACGGCUGCUCAGCUCCCUCUCCUGAGGAAGCCCUUCCCACCA